CAUCAGCAAACAACGUCAGCAUCAGGUCAAAAUUCCUCCUUUUUCUAGUCAGUAGUAUUCAUCUUCCCCCUAUUCAGCAAAUUGCACCAGAUGGCCCCUCCACCUUUGCAGCACUAUUCAGCAACUACCUAAACGGGGACCUUGUUAAGCACUUUAGUGUCCACAGGAUGGCUCUCUAGAACACAGAAACACCUUUUCUCAGUCCAAGCCAAAACGAUUCAGUAAUCGGUGAGGUCCAGUGUAAUAAUUACUUAGUUGAGCCCUACCACUUUUUUUGCUUUACAUGUUGUCUAGAAGGUGAGAGGAAGUAGAGACAGACAGACAGACAGUCCUGAGUUUUACACAACGAUCAAUCGCCAUCCCGAGCCGGUCAUUUUGUUCAAUUAUCCUCCAUGAAAGCUUCAACUAGACGGCUCAUCUCAGCUACUUGAAGUUCAGAAUAGACACACCUGAGUUCACAUGACACUUGCAAGGGCUAGCACACUGCACACAGCCGCGCGAUCUUUGUUUCUUGUGAGUUUCUAGGAUCGGUUUAAUGGGCGCCGGCUGCUACGGCCGCAGAAGGCUCUCGGAGCUUCUCGAGGAGCAGCAGGAGCCGUUCCUCCUCCACCACGCCACCACGGAGGCAGCCCCGCCGUGCUGCUCCAAGAACGGCGACGCUACAGGGAGGAGGUCUACGUUGGGCAGGGCCGUGAGGACGGCGGUGCUUUUCGCCGGCUGCUUCUAUUGCGCCGGUCGUGAGAGCUUUCGCCGGCUACCGCGCGCCGACAGCCACCGCGACGACGACGACGAUGGUGGGAGGCGGCUCAGCCCGGUGUCCGUCCUGGACGUGCUGCGGUACUCCGACGAGGAAUCGCAUUCGUCCCCCAAGCUCAGCAACUGGGAGGAGGAGGCGGAGGAGCCAUCGUCGACGUCAGGGAGCUCACCGCCAUCCUGCUUGCUCACCGGCGGAGCCACCUCUUCACCUGUCACCCUGCUCAUUGCCGACGACAAGACUCGCGCACGCGCAGCGGUGGAGGCGACGGGGAGGAGGAGCGAAGAGGAGCAGAGGAUCAUUUCUUCUUGGGACAGGAUCGCGGGCGACAUCGAGAGGGUCCCAGCGCUGGCGGAGCUCGACCUAUUCUACUCCGGGUCGGCGCCGGAAUGGUUGCCUCAGCAACGGUGGCUCAGGCUGGGGGAGGCGUCGCGGCGGGUAGGGGCGAGUAUCGAGGCAAUGAUCUUCGAGGAGGUCCGUGAUGAGGCUGUGCGCGACAUGCUCAGUUUGCAUGCUGUAAUUUCCCUUGUGACUACAUUUUCAUGCUCGUGACAACUAAUCUAUGGAGUAUGCCCACUUUUUUCUGAAUGAGGAAACGACAUAAUAUUCAGAUUAAAAAUAUACCUUUGUUUAUAUAUAUAAAUAUAUACUUUGUUGAUGAAGUAAAAUGAAUUAUUCUAUUGAU